UUAGUGUAUGAAGUGUUAACGAAAAUCUUUCAAAUUUCGUGAUUGCAGCAGCAGCUUAACCUUGAAGAAAUGCAGACAGGCGAAAGAAUAUCGGAUUGAUAAAGAGUUACAAGUAUCUUCUCAGUCUUGAAUGAAAUAAUCAAAAAUUGAUAAGAGUCUUAGCAUUCGGUGAUUGCUAUAUAAAAGACAACUAACUGCUGUAAAAGAUCGGAACUAUCAUAGUUAAAAAACGCAUAUUACUUGUUUUUAUUAAUUUAAUAAAAAUAAUAAAAAAAAAAAAAGCGAAAGAAGGAAAACUUUCGCAUUAUGGAAGAAGAUGUCUUGAACGCUCUACAGACACGCACCGUUUACUUGCCGGGCGGUUUCGAUCGUAAUGGUAAAGUGAUCUUCAUCGUUAAUAUCGUUAAUGAUUUACAAAGUUGGCAGCGUAAAUGCUUGGAAUUAUCCGUAACGUAUUUGAAGCGUUCACUAAGCGAUUUAAUUUUACAAAAAGGACUUACGAUUAUAGUAGAUGCUCAGAAAGAUACCGCCCGCAUAUCGCGGCAGCAUGCACGUUUUAUUUAUGGCUUAUUUCGCGGUCUAAACAUUACUUUGUAUCUAGUCAAGUCGGAAGGCUUCUGGGAGAAACAUGUAGAAACCUGCACAAAGUCUUAUACCAAGGAAGAGCCCAUUAUUUUAUCGAAAGCACGUUUAACAAAAUUUUUCGAUGCGCAUAGUUUACCUGAAGAAUUAGGUGGUUCGCUUCAAUUCAAUUACGACUUAUGGCUACAACAACGUAAGAUCAUAGAUGAGUUUGAAAAAUGCUAUAAUAAUACAUUAACAGCUAUGGAAAAUUUGCAAUUGUUACUACAAAGUAAUAAAUCAACGCUGAGACCUACCGAAGCGGACGCCGAAUUAAAAAAAUGUGCACAAGUGCAAGCAAGCGUGCACAACAGCAUCGAAGCAACUAUGGAUUUGGGUAAUCGUAUCUUAACACGUUUUAAUGAAAUUUAUGCACCAACACCGCCACUGACAUCAGCAAUAAUAGCUCCCACCGCCAUAACACAGUUAACUAGCAACGAGUUAGCAACGAAUUUAACGGCGUCUACACAAGCACGUGCUUUAAUGAAGCGUAACUUGCCACUUGAUUUGAAUUGUGAACGUUCACGCAUUGAAUUGCGUUUAAACGAUAUUGAGAGACGACAAACCGAAUUGCGCAAUUUAUGGCUGGAAUUGAUGCAAAUUGUUCGAGAGGGACGUGAAUUGUCCUCGCUGGAGGAAGGUGUGGCUUUUGUCACUAAUUGGAUAUUAAAUACAGCCGAACAGCUUCUUAAUCGCCAGCAUACUAUUGGCUGUGAUGUGAAGGCUUGCGAGCAAUUAAGAACGGCACAUAAUGUCCUUGAGAUGGAGUGCCGCGAAACGUAUGGCUUUUAUGGAGAACUUUUAUAUAAAAUAGAUACAUACAAUGGUUGCAAGGACGGUUUGGCAUAUCGUGAUUUAAUAUCUCAAAGAGAUUUUAUGCAAUUCGUUUGUCGUUCAUUCGCUAGCCGCCUUGAGAGGAGACGUAAUAUCUUAAUAACAUCGUUAAGAUUUUAUCGUUUAGUUAAUGAGUAUUUUGAACGGACCACCCAAGUUUUUGAGUCACUAGUCAUGGACAACAAAAUGGAAGAUUUUACCAAAGCUGCUGCCAGUUUAAAAAAACUAAAAGAUAGUCAACAAAGCUUAGUCAGCAUUGAACGUGAACUGAUUAAAGAGGGCGAAAAACUUAGCGAUAUGUUAUCGAUGCCUGUUAAGGAUGCACUUGGCCGUGACCUACACAUUGAUUACAGUGAUGAUAUCUGUAAUGUACGCGAAAUUCUUGAGACUACCUUGGCGCGCCGUAAAAUCUUUAGCGAUAGCGUGGAAUUGCAAAAACUUACCUUGGAACAGGUGACACACAUUCAGGCAUACGAGGAAGAUUCGCGUAUGGCCAUUAAAUGGUUAGAUGAUUUGUACAAUGUCAUGAUCAGGUGUCACACGCAUGUAGGCUGUAACAUAUAUGAGAUACAGGUGCAGAAGGAUGAAUUGCAAACAUUUCAAAAGACUGGAAAGAGCAUCUACAAUUAUGGUUGUCAGCUUUUGGAAGCGUCUCAGGCGUUACGGGGAACCUGUAAGUUGAGCUUAUCGGAUGCUUUACAAAUGCAAGAAGAACUGCAGCACACUUGGCAUAGCUUACAGUCUAUAAGUCAAGAGCAUAUGACCCGUUUACGCGUUUCGGCAGUGUUUCAUCGUAGCGUUGAGGACUAUUGUCAGCAGCUAAUGGAAUUGAAACGUUCGCUAUUGCGAUUUUUCAACAAACAACAAGAACAAUUACAACAACAACAACAACAACAACAACAACAACAUAAAGAACAACAUCCUACACAAAUUAGACAGCAACGGCACACUGAGCAACAUCAGCAUCAGCAUCAGCAUCAGCAUCAGCAUCAACAACGCAGUAGUAGCAGCGGCAUUAGCAGUGAAACAGAUUCUCAGCCGUCUUUUGAUGGUAUUAUGCCGGCAUUAACAACGCCAUCCCUAUCGUCAAGUCAAUGUAACGCUGGCCCGUGUGCAGCUAGUGCAGAUGUUUUGCCUGAUCAUUCGAAAAUGUUAAACGAACAACGCGAUCAAUUGCGCAAGCAUCUGAUAGAACGCGAACAACUUUUGUUGGAAGUAGGUCGUAUGGUACGUUUAGGUAGAUUGCUGAAAACACGUCUUAAAGAACCAUUCAUCUUGGAUGCCACAACUGGGAAAAGUAUUGUUAUUGAAGAUUUGCCUUCAGAGAUGAGCACGUCUAGCCCUAUAGUGGACAGCGUAUCGGCUAGUAGCAGUAGUGGCUGUAGCAGCUCGGGCUCAAUUUCAAAUAGUUCUAUGGAUGCUUCAAAAGUCGUUAUAAAGCCGAUCGCGAAUAAUUCUUUGGCCUGCAAUGCGAUAUCUGCGAAAUUAACCGAAAUUGCUGAAGUGGCGGAAUCUUUGGACACUGUUAUACGUGAUAUACAGGACAAUGCACUUUGCAUGGAAUUAGAAUCUUCUGAUGGAAGCGCCGACAAGAAAGUUGGCACGCCAAGGAGUAACAGUAGCGAGGAUUGGCAUUCACGUUCUACUGAAGAUGAUUCAUUCGUUACCGCUUCUGAAGGUAAUUUUACACCUUUUUCUCAAUCAUCGUCUUCGUAUCGUACGGCUUCCGGUAGAACUACAUCUUCGUUUGUUAGUUGUGAUAAAAAUUCAUUUGAUGCUGAUGACGCUACAUUUGUCUAUGAAAUGCCCGAAUUGACUUCACCUUUAAAUACUUCCUUUGAAAGUUCCGAGCAAAGUUAUGUGUCAGCGCAAAAUCGGCAAACUCAGACAACAAUACGACUUUCGAAAGAAAAAUCUGAAAAAUCAACAAUCACGUUUACCGAUAAUAGCAGUCAAACACUUAAUGAAUUAUCGGAUAAGCAAGAAGUGACAAUAAACGCGAUAGAAUUAGACGAACAAAAUAUUAUCGCGAUGAAUGAAAAUGAAAAUUUGCGUAGUGAAAGUAUUACACCAACGUUAGUGCAGCGAAAAGAAAUUGAUAAUCUUUUGGAGAAUGCUUCAAUUGAAUCGGAAAUUGAGCUAGAAAUAUCGGCUAUCGCUGAUGCUCCAUCAAUGGCAGCGCUAAGCGAAAUACGUCCCCUUACAUCAGUAACGCCAGAGAUUUUGGAUCUAUAUCUUGAAACGAAAUCCUCAGCAAUUGCUGUCGAAGAUAUCCUCAACGAUUUUAGUAAGCAACAAAUCGAUGUAACAACCAGUUUAGAAAGUUGGACAACGCAUAUAGCGGAAAAGCGUGAAGUUGAAAUAAUACUGGAAAAGAUCAUGAGUGAAAACGAAGAGACAACUUUGAAAACAACUAAGGUCGAUACGCAAUUGUAUCCAAUAUUCACAACAUCGUCUGUUGAUGCCCAGUAUUUGCACUCGCAUUCUAUUGAAAAAUUGAAAUUGGUAUUAAAAGAUAUUGAUCAAGCGCAAAAUGAGAUACAAGAACGUGUUCACACUACAUUGGCUAUACAUACAAAGGAUACGGAGUCUAUGCAAAAAAUCGAACAAGUCAUUAGUAAUUUGCGUACAUUAAAAUCUAAAUUGGAUGGCAUACGUUAUGAUUAUAAAACAUUGCUGGAGAAUGUUUUGCAAUUUUUGGAUAACGUCGCAAAAUUACGCAAAGAUAUCGAUGAAUAUUUUGUUAAACAAAAACAGCAACAACAGCAGCCGCACACUGAAGCCAUUGAACGAUGUAUCGCAGAGCAUGAGAAGUUUCGUGAUUUGUCUAUGGAUAAAUUUAGAUCGCUGAUCACACAAUCGGAAUUGUUAAUUGAUCGUGUACGCAUAUUAGAGCCAGCGGGAGCGAAAGAGAUCGAUACCGAUCGUAUAUUGAAAUUAUUAGAAGAUUUGCGUUUACAUUUUGAGACCUGUAACGGUGAAAGAAUGUCGACAUUGGAACGUUUAGAACGAUUAGAACAAUUUAAAAAUGAUUUAAAUGAUAUUAAUCGUAGCUUGGAUAGCGUUUCUCAUCAAUUGAGCGAAAUAAAUAAUCAAAAUAUAGAUAGCUUGGCGGCGGCUAAAACGACUUCAUUGGCUUUCGAAUAUUUUGAACGCACCAUCGAGAGUUUAAUGCCAAAUUUUUUAAAGCCAACUAAACAUGAAAUACGUUGGGGUUGUUAUCUGCACGCAAUGGAGUUACUUGAGAAACGUAUCGAGAAGUUCACAGAGAAUACGAAACAACAGUUAUUAAUUACAAACCCCGAAAGUGAGUCAUAUGUCCGAGAACAAUUAAUUAAGAUCGCCGAGAAGUGGCAACAAUUUAAAGAUCAGGUUAAACAAAAACGCAAUGCACUUAAUCAAGCCAGUGAAUUCUUUGAAGUGGUCGAGAAGAUUGACGCUGAACAUCACGAGAUCAGUUAUUUUUACAAUAGCGUUUCGAAUAAGAUUACUUAUUUAAGGGACUCAAUAGAAGCGAAAAAUUUAAUUAAUGAUAUCGAGAAAUAUGUGAACGAACGUGAAAAACCUUUACGCGAGAAAUUGGACAGUGCUGCCAAGUGUCCGCAUGACAUGAACAAAGUCUCUCAAUUGUAUAACGAUGUUAUGACCAUUUUUCAAAAUUUUGCCAAAUUAAAAUCAGACAUUAGUGUCGUGCAAGAACGAUUAAAGAAUGAAGAGCGUAUGAGAGAGCAACAAGAGAAGGAGGCACGGGAACGUGCUGAAAGAGAGUGCGCGAAACGCGAAGCUGAGGCCCGAGAGAGAGCUGCCCAGGAGGAGGAAGCACGUCUGCAAACGUUGAGAGAGCAGUCAGCACGUGAACAAGCCGAACGUGAACGGUUAGCACGGGAGUUAGCUGCUCGAGAAAAAGCGAUUUGGGAAGAAGAGCAGCGCUUAUUGAUCGCACGAGAGAAAGCAACCCGUGAGCAAGCUGUACGCGAAGAAGAACUUAAACAUCUAAGAAAUUUACGCGAAGAGGAGGCGCGUAUUCGAGCUGCUCAAGAGAAAGCAGCGAAAGAGCAAGCGAUCCGCGAGCAGGCUUUACGUGAAGAACAACAACGAUUACAAGCUGCAUGCGAGCAAGCGGCUCGCGAACAAAUGGCUCGUGAACAAGCGGCUCGCGAAGAGGAACUCUCGCGCUUAAGAGCCUUACGAGAGGAAGAAGCACGCUUACAAGCUGCUCGUGAGCAAGCAGAACGCGAACAAAUCGCUCGUGAGCAACUCGCCCGUGAAGAGGAACUUGCUCGCUUAAGAGCUUUACGCGAAGAAGAAAAACGUUUGCAAGCUGCUCGUGAACAGGCAGCUCGUGAACAAUUGGCCCGUGAACAAUUGGCUCGAGAACAGGCGGCUCGUGAACAAGUCGCACGAGAGGAGGAGCUUGCCCGUUUAAGAGCUUUACGUGAAGAGGAAACACGCUUACAGGCUGCUCGAGAGCAAUCCGCACGCGAACAAUUGGCUCGCGAACAAGCCGCACGUGAACAAGAAAAAAUUCGCCUUAAAGCUUUACAUGAAGAGGAGUUACGUAUACAAAGGCUACGUGCACAAGCAAUCCAUGAAGAAGAAAUUCGUUUACAAAAAUUACGUGAACAAGCAAGGCAUGAAGAGGAGGUUCGCUUAAAAGCAAUGCGAGAAGAAGAAUUACGUUUAGCAACUUUACGUGAACAAAGUCAACGCGAAGAAGUGAAACGACUCCAAAGCUUAACUAAAGAAGUAGAGGUUUUUACUCCGUUAAAGUAUGAAGUGCCCCUUUUUGUCGCACCUCUACAACCGGCCAUAGCUUAUGAAAAUGAAAAAUUCAUUUUUGAAUGUGCGGUUAGCGGACUACCAGAACCCACUAUUGAAUGGUUUAAAGACGGUGUUUCGAUACAAGGUAACUCAGAUUAUAAAACUACGUACGACAAAGGCUUAUGCCGGCUAGUAAUCGACGAAACUUUUGCUGCUGAUUCAGCGCAUUACACAUGUCGUGCUACUAAUAUGGUGGGCGUAGGAGAAACAAGUGCUAAUUUAUCAGUUCGUGAAAAUGUUUCGAACAUCCAGAUGAUACCGCCGCACAUAGUACGUUUCCUAGAAAGCAGUCGCGCCAAAGAGGGAAGCGCCUUUGAAUUUGCCUGUACCGUAACAGGAAAUCCUCUCCCCACGGUUCAAUGGUACAAAAAUGAUAAGUGUAUUGAUGAUUCUCCUGACUAUGUUAUCUGUUACAAUAAUGGUGAAGCGAAGUUACGUUUCGAGGAAGUCUUCUUGGAAGAUGAUGCUAUCUAUACGUGUAGUGCUUCAAAUACCGCAGGCAUAGAACAUUGUUCAGCAAGUUUAGUAGUAGAACCGCUAGAACCAACCGAAAUUCCUCACUUCAAAAUACCAUUAAGUAAUGUUAUGGCUCGUGUUGGUCAAAAAAUUAAAUUGGAAGCUUUAAUUGGGGGACUGCCAAUACCGGAUAUAUGCUGGCUCCACAACGGUAAACCGUACAAGCCACGUGAAAUGAAGUAUGAGUACGGUCGCAUAACGCUCAUAAUCCCGCAAGCUUAUCCAAACGACGCCGGAGUAUACGUUUUGACUGCCAAAAAUUUAGCUGGUGAGGUAUACAGUUCUUGUAACGUUACUAUUAAAGGACGUUUACCAAACGAAACCUCCGACUCGGAAAUGGCUUCGGAUAUGGAACCGAUUAAGCCUAAUGUUCAAAUGCCCUUGAAAGACAUUUCAAUAUUUGAGGGUAAAUCGGUACGUUUGGAUUGUGUAAUUGUUGGCCAACCAGAGCCCGAAGUUAUUUGGUAUCAUAAUGAACGGCCCGUUAAAGAAUCGGUUGAUAUUCAACUCUUGUUUCAAGGUGACCGUUGCUCAUUAAUUAUACAAGAGGUUUAUCAAGAAGAUGCAGGCAAUUAUAAAGUAGUUGCUAUAAAUUCUGCGGGUGAAGCAUCGAGCAGCUGUGAACUCAAGGUCACCCCAUUGAAUAUAGCUGAACCAGCUACCAGGGCUCAAACUGAACGUCAAUCACAAAGCAAAGAAUUGGAACCGAAAUUUGAAAAGUUUUUAAGUGACGUUCUAGUGGAUGAAGGAGAAACGGUAGUAAUGGAAGUGAUAACUAGUGGCGACAAACCUAUGGAAGCCAAAUGGUUUUUAACUAAUAAGGAACUAAGCGAAGACGAACGUAUGCACAUAGAAGCUAACGGUACGAAUGGUGUUUUCCGAUUAACUAUAAAAAAUGUGAACACUGACGAUAAGGGCGUUUACACUGUGAAAGUUUCAAAUAGUUCAGGAGAUGCAAAAUGUUUUUCUCAUUUAAUAGUAAAAUCGGUGAAUGCUCCAGAAAGUCAAAGGCCACAGCAGGUGGAUAUUGUUGAAAAAUUAACCCGGCCCGAAUUCAAAGAAGUGUUUAGCGAUAAAACGGUUAAUCUCGAAGAAGUUGUUAAAUUUGAAUGCAUAGUUAAAGGUAAACCUACGCCAAAAGUUCAUUGGUGUUUUAAUGAUCAGCCGGUACAUGGGCAUAAUUUCCUCGUCUCCACCAGCGGCGAGCGGCAAGUGUUGACAGUGCAAAAUGCUGGACCCGAAACAGUGGGUAAGAUAACAUGUAUAGCUGAAAAUGAAGUGGGUCGAGCCGAAUGUGUAGCGUUCCUGGGUUUGGUCGGUUCCGGUCUGGAGGCCAUGCCGGCUCAAAGUAAUCUACAAACCGUGACACAAGAAGAUAACACAGAGUCUUCCAGGGUUACAUUCAAGAAGCAAACCUUCACUUCUACCUCUACUUCGCAAGUGCAAUCCUUCGAGGGAAAUAUGCCCCAAACCGAACUUCACCACUCAUCGACGCAUAUCGAUCAGUCAUUGAAGCAAUUCGGUAAUCAAAGGCCCGAAAUAAUCGAAACCCAUAAAUACCAAGAGUUGCAUAAGGAUAAAGAAAUGUCUAGUCCCACUAUGCAGCAGAAAUCUUUUGUUUUAGUUCAGUCGGCCAGCAAUGAUGCGAGCAAUGCUAUUGUACCCAGUUCACCGACUCGUACACGCAAAGAAAUUGCUCCACGUUUUACUACGCCGCUAACGGGUAAAAUUGUUGAUCAAGGUGUGGACGUUAGUUUGGAAGCUCUGUAUGAUGGCUUUCCGUCACCGGAUAUAAAAGUGAUUAAAAAUGGUGAAGAGUUAUUUGAUAAUGAACGCCUAAAAAUUUCGAAUAAAUGCAAUCGUAUUACUAUCGAAUUAAAACAAGUGAACGUGAAUGAUGCGGGCCGCUAUGCUGUCACAGCUAGUAAUGCAAUGGGUCAAUCUACAAGCACUGCCGAUUUGGUAGUUAAAAAAACGAUUUUCCCACCUGUAUUCGGAAGACGGCUUCAAGCUCAAGUCGUAAAGAAAGAUGAAAAAAUUAUAAUGGAAGUGGAGGUAACCGGUUUGCCUGAACCUACAGUUGUAUGGAUGAAAGAUGAGAAACCUCUAAGCGAAGCCAAUUUAUCAUCUCAUCGACUCCUAAAUCAAGGCAAUUCGCACAAGUUAAUAAUAGAAAAUGGUCAAAUCGGCGAUUCCGGUAAAUAUAUGGUUAAGGCAACUAAUGCUGGUGGCGAAGCGAAAAGUAUCGCGGAUUGCGCUAUUUUGGAACCAACUACAGAACGUGCUCAAGAGGUUGCUAAAACAAUUGACCAUAAGACUGCAACCGAAUUUAAAACUGAAGAUUUCACCAGAGAACCCAUGUCGUUCCAAACCAAUCACUCUGAGGUUACCACAGCGACCGAUUUGCAUGGCUUAUCUGAGUCAAAGAUUACAACUGAGCAUCGUUGCACUACUGAGGCAACCGUGCGCUUAGAGCACAAAUCACCGAUAACCGAUUUACCCCAGGUGGGUCAACAACGAACGAAGGCACCCACUGAACAAAGUGUUAACACCCAUACCCAAUUGUUACCAACAUCCAUCAAAACUACUAAUAACCAGGAUAUAAUUGAUCACUUACAACACUCUCAGACAGUGUUUGACAUCACAGAUAACACACACAAGAAACCAAUCCCACCACCAGAGCCAUUUAAACCUACCUGUCCAUCCGCUUUAUUGCCAACACCAUCAUCGACGUCAUCAGUAUUUGAUCAGGCUGAGCUUAACAGCACCAUGACAUCAACAAACAAUGAGGAGAAGACUUCAACUUCUUUUGAAUACUUCAAGAAAAUCGAUCAAGAUAUUUUAGAAAAGCCUUCGGAAAAUAACUAUAAAAAGUACGAAGUGAAACAAGCCUUUCUGGCAUCGGACAUUAAAUACCCGCAAACAAAUUUAGAAGAAGAUUUCAAAAGUCUUAAUUUGAUACCAGGUCCGCCACCUGAAAUCUGUUAUAUCCCUAAACCAGAACAGACCGCAACCAGACCGCAAAUGAUUAGCGAGAAAAUUAAAAAGUUGGAAGAAAAUCAACUGCAGGAAAAAGAUAAACCUAAGGGCGGAGUACCAAUCUUGCCGCCUGCAGCUCCAGCGAGUUUAGGCAAAGAAACUGACAGUAUAAUCAAAUCAAAUCAAAGCAUUAUGAAGUCAGUUGAUACAUUAUCUAGUCCAGGCCAACGAUAUACGCGUUCACCUUCCCCGAAGCCUUCUGCCGAAGCAUUAGCUAUGGAAAAACUGUGGACACCCAAUAACCAUGUUAGCGGUUAUGAAAGUUGUACCAGUGAUUUAGAACAAUCAGUACCAGAUUUUAAAGUUCCUAAGCUAUCCACACCUACUAAGGAACUAAGGGCUCCGUUCUUAGUAAAACAAAUUACGAACUUAGCACCCUUUAGCAGCAGAGACGUACCUAGAAUGAAGAGUCCUAUAGAUCAUGUUCAGUUAAAGCCGGGAACGCCACCAGAGAUUUGUUUCGCUCCAGAACCCGAGCAGCGACGGCAAUCGAUAGUACAAACUAUGGAAAAGACAUUGGAAAAAAAUCUUAUACAAAGCGGUCCAUCUAAAGUUUUGCCUUUAUCGGUUCCUACGUUGACGCCGGCGCCAACAUUAAUGAGUGCAUCUAGUGGGCUUAAUAAAAGCUUUCUUUAUAAGCCUCCACCUCCAGUGAUGGCCAACAAAAUAGGUAGACGCGAAUAUUAUGAAAGCGAUUAUGAAAGUGAUCGCUGGAAGUAUAGCGGUAGUGAAUCAGAUGAGAAUUGUUUUCGUGUUCCCUUACAAAAGGCCUAUCAGCCCACUUUGAAAACAAAUGGAUAUGCAGCCGAUACCGAAGAAAUGUCUAGUUUUAUUAAAAUGGAGUCCAGCGUUAUGGAAAAAAAAUCGUUAUAUGAAUCGAAUAACUCUGAGAGUCAGCCUACGGCUUUCUCGGAGAAAUUUCGAACGACAACACAGCAGCCGCUUUAUUUUCCAUCCUUUGUGAAUGGCGGCCAAGACAAGCAAGAAUCGCGCAGCAUCAGUGAGAAUAAAUAUCAUCACGAAGAUAAGGAUUACAAAUGCACUUCAAUGACAAAGAAUAUAUCUUACCAAAUGUCUUCGGCUUCAUCGGGUGGUGGAAUGCCGCAAUUUAGGCCGGUUAAGGCUCCACUCUCGACAACGCCGAUUCCAGUGCCAGCUCAACGCAAGACUCCUGCGGAAUUUAGUGAUUACAGCAGCGAAAUCGAUGAACGUUUCCGUUCAGUGUCACGCAAUUAUGAAUCCGAAUCUGACAUUAAGGGCUAUCGUGUGGUUUAUCCACCUAUGACGAUACCCAAAUCCAAUGGCUACAAAUCUCCGAUAGCGAUGGCGGCCCCUUCGCCAAUGGAAUUUGAACCAACACCGCUGAAGCCAAAAUUCGAACCGAUACGGAAAGAAAUGCACCACGAAAUGAAAACGGAGUCGAAACAACAAACACGUAAUUAUCAGUCGCAGAAGCAACAACCAACACCACAAGUUUUCAAGCCAAAACCGGUUGCCGCUAAAUACCUGGCCUCGGCCCAACAACAUCAGCAACAGCAAAACCAACAGCAGCAACCACAAAGAGAAUACAAAUCUCAGCCACAGUUCCAGCCUCAAUCCCAACCAACUAUGUAUUACAAAGCUAUAGCGGGCACACCUGUGCAUCUCGCUAAAAUGGCUACUGAAACUCAGAAUAUAAUGCAAAUGAAGGAGUCGUCUGAAACGUGCGAACGCGUAGUUAAUAUGCAACAAACCAAGAAAGUCAUACACUUUGAUAAUCAAAAAAAUCAACGCACUUUGGAAACUUUGCCUUAUAGCCCUACGCCUUCACCACGCAUAACACCAGUUCGUCAACAGCGGAUGCCACCCCCAGCCACACCUACAAGAUUUGUGCCUGGUGAGUUUCGUGAAAGCGAUUACGAAAACGAGAUAGAAAAUGCUAAAAUCGCUCCCUUGUGGACUCCGAUGGGCGAAUCGGGGCCAUUACGUUUUCGUCACGUUGAACCGCCUCGACCCGGGCGAUCUUGCAGCUUGCCCCGCACAUACGAGCGUGUUCUUUCACCCUUGGAAUUUGAUAAAGGACCUGAAAUGCCGACUAAAAUUCAAGUCGAUGCAAACGCAUUACGUAACGAACGAAGCAGCAAUCUAACCAAUCAAAGUCGCCAUCAAACAUUUAAUCGGCAAUCUUCGAUGCGUUCAAGCGAUCACCGCUAUUGUAGUACCUUAUACGAGCAAGAUCGACAACAACAACAACAACAGCAACAAGAACAACAAUCACAGAGCUUUUCGCGUGAUGAUAUGAAUUUAAAGGUGGGCUCACCGCCCAAAUACGGUUAUAUACCACCGCAGGUCGAGAAGCAAGGUAAAGCGAUGGGUUCAACAUUGAAGCAAAAAACUCAUAAAUUUAUGGAGGAUAUUUCACAAGACAUGCAAAAGUUCAGUUCGAAAACCCUAAAGACAACCUUCGUAAAUGGGCCGACUACUUCUCCCGAACAUAGAGUGGUAACACCCACAUUUAGACCGAUUUUCAAGCGUGCUCCUAGUGAGGGUGACAACAGACCACAAGCCUAUCGAGAUGAAACCAGAGUUUCGCAAUACGGUACAAAAUGUGUCGAUCCCAACACUGGUUUAAUUUAUUUUAAAUAUGAUUUUGGUUAUGAAUUCGGUAUUUUAUUUCCGGGUGAAGGUCAUAAAUUUGUGACCAGCCAAUGGAAUAAAUCUUCAUCAACUUUACCGACAGCAGAACAACAAUUUAAAGGAACAAUUAACAAGAAGUCACCUUAUCCUCUACCCGUCGGUAGGGAUAUAAAUAUACCCGUCUACCAUGAACGUUCAACUAUCCCAAGUUAUGCUAAGCGCUCCAGUCCAUAUUUAAACUCCGAUAGUACUCAUCAAGGUUAUUACUCCGAUUACUCUGAAACCUUAUCACGUCCCGCAGUUAAAACAACUUUUAGACCUUGUACAACAUUUAAUAGAUUGCCACAAAGACGUAAUAGUCUGCCUAGCACUCGUAUUAUCGACAUAAAUAUUGAUCGUUUUCACUCCAAUGAUACAUUAAAGCCACGAACCUAUUCAGUAACUGAUCUAGCAACAAAACAUGAUGAACCAGUAAAUGCUUAUUUGAAUCGUGAAGAUUAUCCUCAAAAGCCACCCACUUUUAUAACGCCAUUAAAGGAUCGAGCAGUUGUUCCUGGGCAAACGGCACGUUUUGAAUGUAUUGUUCAGUGCCAUCCCCAACCGGAUGUAGGCUGGCAUAAAAACGGUUACGAUCUGGAAAACAAUCAAAAACAUCAAUUGGAAUAUAGGAAUGGCGUUUGUCGCCUAACCAUACCGCAUGCAUAUCCAGACGACGCUGGUUCCUAUGGUUGUAGUGCCGUAAAUCCUCUGGGCCGUGCUACCACUUGUGCUGAACUGCAAGUCACUGGCAAAUAUCAACGACCUUGAAAACUUGAAACAGUUUCUACUUAGUUUAUUUUUCCUUAAUAUGAUAUUUAACGAACGUUUUUUUG